UCGGACGGGAACGAGGAGUUCUACCAGCAGCUGCGGCUCCAGCAGCUGUACGAGGCCCGCCGCAGCGGCGAGGGCGAGCCCGACCCCUUCACCUACGUGGACCCGGCGGACGGGACGGCCUACGAGUGGGACCGAGACAAGAAGGCCUGGUUCCCUAAGGUGACUGAAGACUUCCUGGCAACGUAUCAUGCUAACUAUGGCUUCCCUACAGAUAGUUUAGACAGUUCCUCUGCUUCAAAGACUGAAAGUAAGCCAGCUGUGGAUUCUAGGACAGCAGGAGCACAGCAGUCAACAAAUAAAAAAGCACCCCAACAAACAGAUUCUAAACAAAAAGGAGAAAAAAGAAAACUUGACGCAGGAUGGUUUCAUGUUGAAGAAGACAAAAACACAAAUGUGUAUGUGACGGGUUUGCCUCCAGACAUUACAAAGGAUGAGUUUAUACAGGUUAUGUCAAAGUGUGGUAUCAUUAUGCGAGAUCCUCAGACGGAAGAACAUAAAAUUAAACUUUAUAAAGACAAGCAAGGAAAUCUUAAAGGAGAUGGCCUCUGUUGUUAUCUCAAGCGAGAAUCAGUUGAGCUUGCAUUAAGACUUCUGGAUGAGGAUGAGAUUAGAGGCUACAAAUUGCAUGUUGAAGUAGCAAAGUUUCAACUAAAGGGGGAGUAUGAUGCAAGCAAAAAGAAGAAGAAAUGCAAAGACUACAAGAAGAGGCUGUCUCAACAACAAAAACAGUUGGAUUGGAGGCCUGAGAAGAAAGAUGCAACAGUUCGAAAGCGACAUGAGCGUGUUGUUAUCAUCAGGAACAUGUUCCACCCAAAGGACUUUGAGGAAGAUCCUUUAGUACUGAAUGAGAUUAGGGAAGACCUACGGACAGAAUGUGAAAAGUUUGGAGAAGUAAAGAAGGUUCUCUUAUUUGAUCGACACCCAGAUGGUGUGGCCUCUGUUUCGUUUAAAGAACCGGAGGAAGCUGAUCUGUGCAUACAAGCUCUCCAUGGAAGGUGGUUUGGUGGUCGUCAGCUAAGUGCUGAAACAUGGGAUGGUACAACAGAUUAUCAGGUGGAAGAGACCUCAAGAGAACGAGAGGAAAGGCUCAAGUUGUGGGGGUCGUUUUUAGGAGAGUCUGAUGCAGAGAAGCAGAAAAUUGCAGCUGCUUCAAAUUCUGCAGCUAGUAGCGUGCAACUGCCUGAAGAUCAGCCUUCAAAAGAUAAUGGCACAUCUAAAGGUGAUGUGAAUGAUGAAGCUCAUAAGAGAGAGGAUAAUGGUGAAGGCAUUAAUGAAGAUGGCACUCCAUCAACAGACAGCAGCCUUGCAGGCAGUGAUGAUGAAACAGAUACAUAACAUCUCUAAUAUUUUAUGAAAGCAUGCUUUUUAGGGUGAUGUUUGGAUUUCUCUUAUCCUGUGCUUCAGGGUGACUACAGACAGUGUUCAUGUGUUUAUAUGCAUAUUUGAUGUCAUCAGCUUGUGCUUUGAAAUUUUCAUUAAAAGCCGUAGUUAAUGAAGAUCUAAAAAAGUUCAUAUUAAUUGGCUAUUGUUCAAGCAAAAUAUCUCAAGUUGCCAAGAGCACAGCAGAACUGACCAGGCUUCUUAUGUCAUAUAUUUGCUUGUCCGUGUUUAAAUUAUAUAAAUGUGAAGUGUGUGUGAACUCCAGUGUUUGAACAAUUACACAGAAUCUAAAAACAUUUUAGUAAUAUACAAAGAUAUUAAAAUCGAUUUUAAUGUUUGCUUUAGUUUCCCUACACUUUUGGAACUUGGUAUCUUCCUAUUAAAGUAACUGGCUUGAGCACUUUCGACAGUUUUACAGAACAGUUGUUGCAGUAAGGCCCAAUAUGCGUUUCCAUAUUAGGCAUUUUCAAAUAGCAGAUCAUGGAGCAUGAAAUUGUCUGUCUACAAAACUGAAAAUUCUUGCCAUAGCCUACACGGAGCCACAGAUAUUUUAAAAUCAGAAUGUUCAGUAUAGAGGGGUCUCAUCUCCUUCUUGAAUCUUCCAUUGAUGUAAACCUGUUGUGAAUAUUUUGAGGAGAUUAGCACCUGUAAACACUUCAACACCAGAACACUAUGUAAAUAAAACUGACCUCUAAUCUUCAAUUUAAAUUCAGAUGGUAGAAUGAAGUAUUUCCAUAUGCUGAAAGCAUGUAAAAAUUAUACAUUGAACAUAUGGCAUUUUGUGGUUCUUUUGCCUUAAAUCUAAGAAAUGCUUUUUCUCUCUUUGGUAGGAUGGGGAGUCAAUAUGUACCAUAUUCUUUUUGAGAUAGAUGCUUUUGGUUUAGUUCACAGCCUGAGGGGCCCCUUCCACCAAAGACUUCAUAAAAUUUAAAAGAUUUUAACCUUUAAUCCCAAGGUUGUCAUACACUGUAUGAAUAUCGGGGAACAUGUUUUUCAAAAAUUAUCUGCCCUUUUAUAUUUAUAUUUUCUUGUUUUACUAGCCAUUAAAUUGACUUAAACAUUUCUGUUCAGUUAGGCAACAAUUUUCAAAACAAUGCCUAAAGUUAGCCUUCUUAAUUAGAUGUGUGAAGUAGUCAGAAGUUCAAAAGUGACUUCAGUGGAUCAGCUUGGAUGCUGAGCAUUUUUGAAUAACAUUACUUUAGGCACCCUGUUUAAAAAUGUUGGUCCUAGUUCCUCAGCAUAUCUGUUAAUAUUUGGAACUUGCUCUGGAUUAUUUGUUCAUUUGAGGAUACCUUUUAAACUUCCAACUGGAAUUGUUGAUUCUUUUGAAAAAAGUAGAUAGUGGGUUGUGAAAGAUUAUGGGUGUUAGUGCUUAUGUUUCCAACUUGAAGCACUCAAUUGUGAUAGAAGACCUUGGUUGUCUUUAAUUUGUACUGUACUUAUCUUUGAUUUUUUGAAUUUGUCUGAACAGCUACACUAGCUAGGUUUUUUUGGUAAUCACUGUGUUUAUGUAGGUUAUGGCAAUAAGUUUGUAUAAAAUAAUACUUGCCAUUGUGGUUGCAUCUUAUUUCUUUAAUGAGCAACCUAGAUAAGAGAAUAGUAGUUAAGAUUAUCAGACUUGUAACCCCUGAUUGUAUUAAAUUGAUGGAUACUUUAAUUAUAAACUAGUGUGACAAUUUAAUUUUAAAUAAAACACCCUUUUGGGAUUUUUUUUAAAGUUGA